AUGCAUCACGGUUUUGAUCAACCUACGUCAAGCUCUGUAUCCCGCUCGACGAACACAGGAGCCUGCGGGCAGACCCAGCAAUCAUCGACUAUACACAAGAGACAAGCUCCGUACGAAACCCCUAUCCCAAAACAAUGUAUCGGCGAGCCGACACAGCCUCAGUCGAUUUCUGCUCGACGCCGGACUGAUCAACCAGCAUUGGCCCUCCCGCAGCAGUCGGGCGAGUUUCGGCCACCCUCCACAGGACACAAAUCACCAGCUUAUCUACAGGGAAAGAAUCCCUACGGCCAAGUUCUGGACAAGGUCGAACACCCAUAUCGAGAGCCGAAACAUACGCAAACCACAGAUGGACCCCCUUCCCAAGCUGGAUCAAGUUCUGAAGGGCGACAGCGAACAUCGGGGUCUCUUCAGUUCAUGACACGACCUACACCGCCUGAGCCCGAGCGAAUAGUCGCUACAUCAGAUUCCCCGCCGCAACUGCUGCCGUCUCGACAGCCACGAAAGCCAGUCUCAGUACAAGCUACAAAGAUAUUCUUCGAGAACAAAGCCUCCCAACACCAAUCAGCUCCUCCGGUCCCGCCUUCAGGGGCAGCUACCAUUGCUAAAGGUGCGUCAGGCAGGAUCCAAGCACAACGUCCGCAGUCUCUUGCGCUCUCUCAACCCCCAUACACAAGCAUGUCAAGCCCGACAAAGGUACAAGCACCAGAAGAAACAGACUCAGAUGGUGCUUUGCCGCUGUCGCGCCCUCCGCCAGAGUCUGAUCAUACCGAUUCUCAGCGAGUAAAUCCUUUCGUGCGGCCCCAAGCGAAAUCGACAGCUCCGGAUGUCACCACAAGGACAACUGCCGUUUCCCAAGACUCGCCUAUUUCUGAUGUUCCAGGAGUUGGUUCCGACGUCGAGCGCGAAGCAAGUAGUCAUACAACGUCUGCGAAUUUUCUCACAGACGCAGCAAGCAACGUGAAGGACCAUGGAGCUGAACGACGAGCGGCCGCGGCUAGCUCCAAGUCGGAUGAAGUGUCAAAUGCGCCACUGAUCGCUCUUCAAGGCGCAAAGCGGACCAAACAACGCCAAACCUCUGAAGAGACUGUAAGGCGUCGUUAUACCCGCAAGUCGUUGUCAGCUACUGAGACCGAAGAAGCCACAGCAUCGAACGAUCCCAAAAUCCACCCCCAAGGCCGGCGUCCGAAACCUUGUCGGAAUGUUCGAAGAGGGUUCGCGGAAGGCAAACAUUUUUGGGCCACAGCUCCGAAACGAUAUCCCGCCGCUUACAGAGACAAUCUCGGCGAGACAGUCGAUGUUCGCAAAAGGCUCGAAGACAUUGCUACGCGAGAUCUCAGUCAUGACGGCUCUUCCAGACGCAGCACUACUUCUACGCAGGUCCCAAUUGCCACUGUGGGUGUGCAACCGGACUAUCAUACCAUCGAGGUACCAGAUCAUAUUGACUGGCGUGCUGCAUACGGCCGGCGCAAGACACAGGACUUUGGUUUUCCCGGUGCACGCAUCAAACCACGCGGGACGUCGCGGGCCCUCAAGCCACUCCAUGACCCUGGCAGCUGGACCAGGCGCGCGUGUGGGCACUUUUCGUACAUGGGGAAGGACGAACACCGCAAGUUUGCGUCCAGAAAGAAAUGUCGUCAGUGCUCAAACAAUGUCCCUCCGUCCGAACCAGAACCGUUAUAUCAUCGCCCAGCACGAAAGAGAGCAGCAGCUGAUUCAUCGACGUCGAGUUCGUCCACUUCCAUAAAGUAUGAAGACGCUUGUGGUCGUCCCUCCAAGCGUCGAAAACAUCAUUCCGAGUGCAUGCCGGCUGACAAAUGUGGGGACACAUUUGCCAAAGAUCUAGAGUACUUUGUCGAUAGCAUUCUAGAAGAGCAUACCAACUCCUUGCAGGCUGUCAUCAACAAUCUCAAGCACAGUAAGCCCAAUAUCACACAGCUGCAAAGCGUGUCUGAAGAUCUCGUUCAGCGAUACCAAACUAGGAGUCCCGUAUGUCAACCAGCUAGCAAGUUACAUACCCGUGAGUGGCAGUCACCCCGUCUAUACAUUCCGCCCCGGGUGGCUGAGAAGCUGAACGUAAGAUUUCCGGGACAACUCGGACCCAACAUGAACGAGUCGCGGGCUAGUCUGCGCGAGUCCAUCAAGUCAGCCACCGAGCUGGUCGAACUGGUCAACUCUGCUGCAGACGAUCUUGGCAUCGACCUCGAUUCACGGCCUAGCGCACUAGACGAGGAAGUGUUUCGUAACGCGCCGGUGGAAGGUGUACCUCCAGUUUCGCUUUCAUCUGGUCAGAGUGGGCCUUCAAGGACCGAAGGAAACGGGUUCAGCGAAGACAUUUGGAUGCAGCAGGCUCUCGGGCAGCUGUCCGAGCUCUCAGAAGAGCAAACUCGGUUCGUGGAAGAACUCGAUGUGAUCACGGAUGAUCUUGGUGUUCAG